GAAACGUUAAAUUUAAGAAGACCGUUCGCUCCGAUUAAGGGGUUGACGUCGACGUCGUUGGAGACUCGUUAUCGCCUGCGUGUACCAUUGGAGCUUGCAGUGGAUCGCAUCCAAAUUUUUAAUUCCUGUCUGCUCGAGCAUUUUCUCACGGGAUCCAGAUUAGAUAAGGAGAAAACACGUCGCAUCUGUUCCCAGCUAUUUGAGGAUCUAUUUGUCCAACGCGUUGCGAGUAGGAUGCCCGCACGAUUUUCCACGUCGAUAACGAAUUUUCACCGUGUUUCACGGUCGCACUAGUAUAAUCGCGAGUUGCGCGAACCGCCGAUUCCGUAGACGAUUCGUGAACGUGUCGUGAAAAUUUUCGAUCAUCGCGAGAGUUUACCUGUUUUCGCAAGGAUGACGUGUAAAAACGUGAUAUUUCUUCUGCAACUGAUACAACUUCCUCUGCUGUUCAGCGGCUGCUUGUCGGAAACGAUCAUAACUGCGCACAACGAUUUCGAAUUCGGGACCGUUAACGCAGAGGUAGCCGACGAAGUUGAUUGGAGGCAACAUCCAUGUCGGCGGAACUGCGAGGACGGAUCACCGUCCAUGGAAUGCCAUUAUCUCUUUAAAUUAGAGGGUUAUCGUACGAUGAGUAAAGCGUGUUACGAUUGCCCGCGCAAUACCACCGAUUGCUUUCGGCCGCACUGCGUUCCAGCCGACGGAAUCGAAAGGCUUCUUUUAGUCGUUAAUCGCCAAAUGCCGGGACCACCUAUAGAGGUGUGCCAAGGAGACAGGGUAAUAGUCGACGUAAUAAACUUACUGCAUUCUGAGAGCACUACGAUGCAUUGGCACGGACAACAUCACGUUAAAACACCGUACAUGGAUGGCGUUCCCUACGUGUCUCAAUGCCCGAUAUUGCCAGGAUCGAGUUUUCGGUACGAUUAUAUCGCUACAGAAGCAGGCACGCAUUUCUGGCAUUCGCAUCUAGGUUUUCAACGAGGCGAUGGAUUAUUCGGCCCGUUGAUCGUUCGCGUACCUCCGAGUUUAAACUGGCACUAUGAUCUGUACGACGUCGACGAACAUACCAUACAGAUCUUGGAUUGGACUCACAGAUUAGGAUCCGAUACAUUUUUGAAUCACUAUCACGCGGACGGGAGCAACAAGCCGCCUACUAUACUUAUCAAUGGUUUGGGUCGUUUCACGGUUGCACAGGGCGGAAACAACGUCUCGGCUUCGAUGCCGAUCGCAACGUUUGUCGUUAAACCGAAUACCAGACACAGAUUUAGGCUUAUCAACGCCGAGUUUCUUAAUUGCCCGGUCGAAUUGUCGAUCGACGAUCACUCUAUGUACGUGAUUAGUUCGGAUGGACGUGACAUCGAACCGAUCGAAGUGGAUUCUUUGGUGAGCUACGCCGGUGAAAGAUUCGACUUCGUCGUUGACACGAAUCGUACCGUGGCCAACUAUUGGAUUCGUUUUCGAGGAUUGAUGGAUUGCGACGAAAGAUUCACCAAAGCUUAUCAAGUGGCUAUACUGCGAUACGAAGGUGCGAUCGAGCAAGAUCCCGAAGGUGAAGUCACGUACGAACGCGAAUCGAACGAUACUCUGGGUCUGCAAUUGAACGCUCUGAACGAAGGUACCGAGACGAAUAGGAGCGUCAGCAUACCUUUGUUGAAAGCUAUGGACGAGAACGACGAGUCCAAUACCUUGGAGCCCGAUUACCAAUUCUAUGUGUCUUACGAUUUUUACAAGAAAGACAAUCCUCAUUUUCAUCGCAGUAGACUGUACGGAUUCAAUCAAGUUAUGAGUACAAAGCGAGUUCUCACGCCGCAAUUGAAUCAUAUUUCUAUGAAGUUACCGUCUAUACCUCUGCUCUCUCAAAGAGAUUCCAUUGAUCAAAGUGGAUUUUGCAACGAGAGUACCGUUCAGGGAUGCAAGGAAGAUUACUGUGCCUGUACUCACGUCCUUCAAGUGAGACUUGGCAGCGUAGUCGAACUAGUUUUAGUAGACGAAGGCUUUGCUUACGACGCGAACCAUCCGUUUCACCUUCACGGUUAUCAGUUUCGCGUUAUCGCGAUGGCGAGAGUCGGUAAAAAUGUUAUGGCUGAGGACGUAAAGAAAUUGGAUAAAGAAGGGUUGAUACGCAGAAACUUGGACCACGCUCCGCUGAAGGACACCGUAACGGUACCAGACGGUGGUUACACAAUCAUACGCUUUCAUGCUAAUAAUCCAGGUUACUGGUUGUUUCACUGUCACAUUGAAUUUCACGCCGAAGUUGGAAUGUCGUUAAUCUUCAAAGUUGGCGAGCAUAAAGAUAUGCUACCGGUACCGCGUAAUUACCCUACCUGCGGUGAUUGGCAGCCCGAGAACGCGCCCUCGAAAGAAAGCGACGCGAGCGUUUCAUCGAAUGUUACGAAAAGUAACGCGAUAGAGACCUCGAAUAUUACGACGAACGAAAUUACGGAAGACAGUGCUAGACAACUCGUCAAAUUAAUGAACCAAGUCCUAAGAACGCUGCGAGUUUCGUCCUCGACGCAUACCUCGAUCGUUUCGUACUUUCUGCUUGGUUUCUGUGCUUUCGUUACCGUCGUUUAACGA